GGACAACAGCUGAACGUGAAUCAAAUAUUUUAACAACAAGAAAACAAUUACAUAAAUUAAAUUGUGAUCAAUUUCAACAUCGUGUUCAUGAUGAUAAUGAUGAUGAUGAUGAUGACGAUGAUGAUGAUGACCAUGAUGAUCAUGAUCAUAAUGAAUUUGUUACUACUAUUUAUGAUAGAACAAAUAAUAACAUUUUUCCUAAAUUACAUAAUACAUCUAGACAAGCAUUACGUAUAUUGAUUACAACACAAGAACAAUUGAUUAGUGUAGCUGGUGGAUUAUUUACACAAAGUAUUAGUGAUUCACAAGCACCAAUGUGGUCUGUUAAUCAUAAUCAAGAACUAACUGAUUCAUCAAAACCCAAUCGAUUGAAUUUAAUGCGACAAACAUCUGAUCCACUAAGUCAUCCAGUAAUACGUGGUCGUAGUCCACAAAGUUCCAGUCAAUGGAUAAAUAUACAAGAUGCUUCACAUAAUACAAAUCAAAUACCUUUAUAUCAACAGGCAUUACUUAGUCCUCGAGUAAAAGUUCCACAAAAUAAUAAUUUAUUAACUAAAGGUUUAAUUCAAUCAGAUUAUACUACAAAUAUGUAUUCUGAUACAUCACAGUAUCAACAACAAUCUCAACAACAAACUCAACUUACUCCUAAUCAAUCAUCAAGUGGGCAAAUUUCAAUGAAUCGAUCAAAUUUGGCACAAUUACAAAGUUUAUAUCAACAAUUACUUCAACAGCAUCAACAACUUUUACAACAACAACAACGUCAACAACUUCAUCCACAACAACAGCAGCAGCAACAACAACAACAACAACAACAACCUUUGGACUAUGCAGCUGGUCAACCAAUAGACAGUAGUCUUUAUGCAACUGUUCAACGUCCAUCAACUAAUAUUCCUAGUUCAUUGGUUGCAAGUUUACAACGUGUAAUAUUACAGCAGCAGCAGCAGCAACAACAACAACAACAACAACAAACUGCAAUGCAACAACAAUUACAGAUUCCUCAGACACAACCGUCAAUCAUCCCCAGUGUGAGUAUGUAUGCACAGGCUACACCAGCUAUACAACCCUUAACAACACUUAGUCUUUCUGGUUUAUCUACAUCAUCUGCUUUUACUAAUCUUGCACGAGCUUUACUUCCUACAUCAGUUGUUUAUAAUACUGGAGAAUCAUUAACUGCACCACCAUCAUUGUCUGGUGCUCCACCUCCAACAUUAUUUCAUAGUCCUAAUUUAAUGCCAAAUUCUAAUCUACUUCUUUCAAAUUUAAGACCACCAAUGUUUCCCCAACAACCGCAACAACCACAACACUUGUUACAGAAUUUUCAAAUUCCAUCUGCUAUGGAACCAUCUUAUCUUUCAUCACAAAAUAGAUUAGCUGGUCCAUUAAAUAUGGGAUUAAUUGGUGAUAUUGCACAAACUGAUCUAUUGAAUGAUCCAUCAUGGCAAGCUGAACAAAGACGAAGAAUUGAUCUACAAAGAACACGUUCAUUGUUAAAUGAACAAGAAAGGAAAUUAUUUGAAGAAUUGAAAAAUAUUCGUAAUCGACGAGCUGGUCUUUCAAAAUUAGAACAAUUUGGACGUUCUACUACUGGUAGUGGUAGCAGUACUGUUGGUACUUCUGGAUUAACACCUUUAGAAAGUUAUCGUCGAGUUACUAAACGUAUAUCAACCAGUGAAGAUGCACGUCUUAGAAAUCGUAAUAGACCUUUAUAUGCAAUUGGCAGAUCUGGGUCAGCUGAUACAGCAAGAGUACCACUUGGCAGUGGUAGUCAUUAUCCAUAUGGUGAUGCUUAUGGAUCAGAUCUUGAUGAAGAUUCAGCUCUAUUGGCUAUUUUAGAACAAAGAUUGUCUAGAAAACCGGAAAGUCGAAGAAUCUACUCGGAUUCCGAGAUGGGAUUACAAGAUGCAGCUGAUAUUCCAUUACGUAUUGUUGGACAACAACAACGUUCGGGUCAUGUAGUUGACGGGUCUAGUCAAGCUUUCACUGGUCCUGCUAUACCAGAUCUUCAAUUGAAAUCAACUCUUCCUCCGACUCCACCUUCUCGUUAUUGUAUUCAUGAAUUUGAUGAUUCUUUACAAUCCAUAUACUAUCCAUAUCAUCAUAUCAUACAUCAUUAUGAACAUGAUAAUACAUAUCGAGAUAUUAGUCCAUUAUCUGAUAUUCUUAUGUCAUACGGUGAACAAAAUGAAGACUCGGAAUUAUUUCCAAGACGGCCAAGGAUACAAGUUGUACAUUCUCCUGUUGAAGCAUCCAAUCAAAUAACCAGUGGACCAACUAGAGGCAGAGCAUUUUCUGGAUCUCCGACAAUUUAUCAAACUCAAGGACCAUAUACAAAAUCAAGAUUAUCUUAUAUGUCCCCUGCUAAAAGAUCACAUUUCUGGGGACAUUCGAGUUAUGAUGAGCAAUGGUCGAGACAGCCAGUUGCUGAUGGACCUACAAUUGAUCGAUCCUCGUGUACUAGUCCAGUACAAACACAUUCUGGUCGUUUACUUCGAUCACCAGUUAGUCCACCGUCUAGAGGAUAUAUACGACGUCCAUCAGAAGUGAUUGAUGGAGGUAGUCAGUCGGAUACAGCAAUUAUGUCUGGUUUUAGUAGUCGGGUAUGUUAUCCCGGUACUUCAUAUUCUGCACAUGAUCAACCUGUUAGACGGCCAUAUAGAGCAAUGCGUGGUAAAACAUCGGAACCUACGAAACGAAACAGACCUACACAAGUACCAGUAUAUCGAAGUCCAGAAGAUCACAAACCAUCAAGAUCAAAACAACCAAUUUCAAGUGGUUUAGAACAUAUACCGGAUAAUGCUUUAGUUGUGUUAAGCAGAAUAUCAGCAUCCACUCAUAUAUGGUACCGUCCUGAAAUGUCACGGAAUGACGCAAUGGAUUUAAUCAGAUCAGAAAUUCCUGGAACAUUUAUUGUUCGUAAUAGUGGAAGCUUUCCAUAUUCAUUUGGUCUAGUAGUUAAAGUUCAUAGACAUCAUACUCAUGGUGAAGAAUCUGAUUCUAUAAGACAUUAUUUAAUUGAAGGUUUACAAUCUACAAUAUCAACUGUAUAUCAUGCAAUUGGUGUAUCUGGAACAUUAUUACCUCCAUCUAAUAUACCAAUGGAUUCAUCAGCUUUAAGUGUAAUUCAUGAACCUGUACGACUUCGUGGAUCUUCAAAUGAACCAAUAUUUACUAAUUUAGUUAGUUUAUUAUAUGAACAUACAAUUCAACCAUUAGCAUUACCAUGUAUAUUAAGAUUACCAUUUAAAUUGCCUACUUCAAUUAAUAGUCUUCCUUCUUUAAUAGUAUUAACAAGAAAUUCACAUUCUGAUCAUAUAUCACCAACUUCAAUAGUACCAAAAUAUUCUUCACAAGUUGGAUCUUAUCAUACAGGCUGUGAAAGUCCUCAUGACUUUCAUAGAACGGACAGAUCCCAAGGAGUUUCAAUAAGACAUCCUACAGAAUCUGUAACAACUGACUUAGUAUCAUAUGAAAUGGAAUCAUCAUAUAAUCCAAUACAACAACAUCAACAGUCAGGAACACAUCCCUCACAACCGAGUAUACAUCAUUCAACUAGACAAGAUUCUUUUCUUACACCGUUUAGUGGUACCAAGUCUAGAUCGAAUAGAUCUCCUCCUGCUGUGUAUGAAGGUGAACUAGGACCGAUAGGUCCUCCAGAUCCAGGAAGAACAUUUACAUCGAUUUAUUUAGGAAGUAUUGACACUGAGAAUCUUACAGGUUCUUCAGCAAUUCGUAAAGCAGUUGAUGUCCUUUUAGAAAAUGCAGCUCAGGUUAGACAAACAGAAGUAACAAUACGUGUUUCACAAGAUGGAUUAACAGUGACAGAUAAUUGGAGAAAAUUAUUUUUUCGACGAAAUUAUCCAUUUCAUUCUGUAUCAUUUUGUUCAAUUGAUCCUUGUCAAAGAUGUUGGGAAUCACCUGAACUCAGAUCAAUGGGCUUCAAAUCCUCAUUAAUUUUUGGUUUUGUUGCUAGAAAACAAAAUACAAAAGAAAAUAUGUGUCAUGUAUUAUGUGAUACACCAGAAUGUAAUGCAAAUAUCAUUACAGAUUAUAUUAUGCAUCGAUUAAAUGAAUAUUAAAAAAUAAAAAUAAAAAACUUUUAUUGAUUAUUAGUAUUAUAUAAUCUAAUCAUUGUUUCCAACUUGACUACUAAUGUACAUACAUACAUAUAUAUAUGGAUACCAUUUACAUAUUUAUUAUCCCUUAAUGUAUGAGCGCCCAGAACAGGGUUGGAUCAAGGGUGUUGUUGGGCGGCCUAUGCUCCUCCACGAGAAGGAGUAACAGGCGUAAGUAAAUAAGUAAUGUAUGGGCAUCUUC